AUGUCAGAGCACAAGUCGGCUCGCGAGUACGAUCCACUCUAUCCGCGUAGUUAUGCAGCAUCAUCCACAACUUCUACAUCUACUGCACCUCGUUGCUAUGGUGGAUUUGAGCAGCAGAAGCGCAAAUGGGCAUCCACUGCACGUCGAUCAGAGCGUAUUCGCGUAAUUGCUGGAUUGCAAAUGCUACUUGGGUUGCUAGCAUCCGGCAAUUACUUGUGUCUAUCCAACAUUUUUAUGUUUAUUGUGGGUAUUGUUGGUCUGCUAGCUGUGCGCUCGGAACGUAUGAGCUGGACGAUCGUGUACUUGCUCUUGAGUGCCAUGGAAUUUGCACGUAUCGUGAUGCUGACACCUCAUUUGUACGAGAGAUUUGAGAUUCCUGAAAACAACUUUACGCACUAUGAGUGUUUUCAAGUUGGUGUACUCGUGCUAGAGGAAGUAUUUUUAGUGCCAGCAGCAUUUUUCGUUUGCAUAGCUGCUGCAGCGUCCGUUGCUAAUCCAUUAUGGUGA